CGUAAGGGACAAUGUGGAAUGUCAACAGUGGUUUGCAGGUUCGCUUCUGGACGGACAGGUGGCUCACUGAUGGCCCUCCUUUGGCCUCCGCUGCACAUGACCUCCCGCAUGUGGCCCAGGACUUGACAGUAGCGGAGUUGAUACUUAAUGGUGACUGGAACCUACCUUUCAUUCGAGAAUUUCUCCCUGAAGAAGUAGUUGUCCAGUUGCGCCUACAUCCAGUCCCUAUGGGAAACACACCAGACAUCCCUUUUUGGCGUUACUCGGACUUGGUCAAUUUCACUUUGAAGACUGCCUAUGAGUUAACGAGAGAAGGCGAAGAUCCCGAGCAGUCCUACCCUGUAUGGAAGAAGGCAUGGAGGUUUCAAGGCCCUCAGCGCAAGAAGACGUUCCUGUGGUUGGCAUUGCAUGGUCGCCUUCUCACGAACAAGGAUAGAGAUCGGCUCCACCUAACACAGUCGGACCACUGCCCAGUCUGUGGCGGAGGACCCAAAUCGAUUGUCCACAUUAUACGGGAUUUUCCCUAUGCAAGAGGAGUUUGGUCCUUUUUGUUGCGGGAUGAGCCGGACUCAGACUUCUUUGAACCAGAUAGUAGGCGAUGGUUCCUAUAUUAUUUGAGUGGACGAGGGAAAGUGCUGGAUGCUUCCCUGUUCGGCAUUCGCUAUUGGAACUGUGGAAAAACAUGAACGAUUGGGUCUUUGAGGAAGUGAUCUCAUCAAUGGAAGGAUUGGCAUCAAGGCAAAGCAUUUACGGGAGCAGACUGACCUUACAUUUUCCAAAGCACAGGCAAUCAUGGAAGGGGCUAGGCAACGAGACGUCCGCAUGAUUACCUAGCAACAUCCUCCACCGGGCUGGAUUGCAGUUAACAUUGACGGUUCGGUGGUUCCAGCUCUUGGAUGCGCUACGGUGGGCGAAAUUUUUAGAGGCAGCGAUGGGGGAUUUGUUAAGGCCUUUGCUGUCAAUCUGGGAGGAGGGUCGAUCACCCACACUGAACUAGGUGAGAUCUCCCAAGGAUUGCAAAUUGCGUUGGAGGCUGGGGCUCGGAAAGUCAAGCUGCAGACUGAUUCGGCAGUAGCGAUAUCUCUCCUACGGUCGGACCAAAUGAAUCAUCCACAUUACA